AUGAGGCCGAAGAUAUGGAAAACUGGAACGAAGAGUCGAAGACUUAUAAAUGGGGUACACGAGGCUGAAAAUGCCAUUGAUAAGUUCAUCUCCUCUGCCUACCUCAAGGAGAUUGACGAUGUUCAAAAAUCGAAAAGAUUCGAUGGAAGGUCUGAUGGUGGAAUCAAAUCAUGUCGUCUGCAUGAUCUUUUGAGGGAGCUAUGCUUGAUAAAAGCUGCUGAAGAGAAGUUCUACUACAAACUAGGUAUGCCAGAUCGAUCUGGUAGAGAGAAACAACAGCGUCUCUUCACAGAUUAUAAACUUCUAUCUGAGAUUUAUUCACAUGGAAAUAUGAAUUCAGCCAGUCAAAAUCAUGCUCCAACUGCAAGUAGUCAUGAUGUGGGGGGUUCGGGUUCUAAUCAACAAAAUAUUGAUUCUGUGGAUCAACAAGAUGGAACAAAUAUUAAUGAUACAGUUUUUGAUGAAGAUGGAGAUGAAGUUGUUGGUUCGAAAAGGGCAACACGUUCACCGGCAUGGCAACAUUUUAUAAAAUUUAAAUUGAAUGGUGAAGUUAAAGCAAGAUGUAAAUAUUGCUCUAAAGUGUUGGGUGCAGAUAGCAAGAAUGGCACAAAACAUUUACUUGCACAUUAUAAGCGUUGUGUACACAAACCUUUUACAAAUAUUCGUCAAUCUAUCUUGGUGCAAGAAAAAAAAGUAGAUGGUACUACAACGCAUGUUUCAAAUUAUACAUUUAAUGCUGAUACUUCUAGGAAGGAUUUGGCUGAAAUGAUUAUUGUGCAUGAGUAUCCACUUUCAAUUGUAGAGCAUCAUGGAUUUAGGAAGUUUGUGGGACGUCUUCAACCUUUGUUUAAGGUUCCUUGUCGAAACACCAUCAAGGACGACAUCAAAAGAAUUUAUGAUUACGAAAGGGAUAAAACUAUGAGUUUGUUAGGAAAGAACAAAAGAAGAAUUGCAGUUACUACUGAUAUGUGGACAUCUAAUCAUCAAAAAAAGGUGUAUGGCAAUGACAGCACAUUUUGUAGAUCAAAACUGGAACUUGAAAAGCAGAAUUAUGGUUAUACUUAUUUAACUACAAUUUAUACGUUUAUUUACGUGCCUUGUCCGCAUACAUCUGAUGUUCUUUCCGACAUACUUUAUGUUACUUUGUGUGAUUGGAAUCUUGAUAGCAAAGUGUCAACUCUUAUUGUGGAUAAUUGCACCACAAAUGAUGCAAUUAUCAGGAUAUUAUUAGAGAAACUUCCUCUAAAAUCACUAAUGAUGAAUGGUGAUUUGUUUCAUAUGCGUUGCUGCGUACAUUUUCUCAAUCUUAUUGUCCAAGAUGGCUUAUCUCUCAUUAAAUUUGAGAUUGAGAGAAUCAGAGAGAGUGUUGCAUUUUGGUCUGCAUCACCAACGAGGGAGCAAAAUUUUGUGAUAGCAACAGAACAGUUGGGAAUACCAUACUCAAAGAAGUUGAUACUUGACUGCAAGACACGAUGGAACUCUACAUUCUUGAUGUUGAGUGUUACUAUAAGCUACAAAGAGGUUUUCGAUCGGGUAAAGACAAGAGACCCGAAGUAUACAUGUUUUCCUACAGAACAGGAUUGGGAGUUGGCUAGUGAGAUUUGUGAAAGAUUACAGCUUUUUUAUGAGGUGACUGUUAUGUUCUCUGGUUCAAAGUAUCCUACAGCUAAUGUUUUCUUUCCUUUGAUAUGUGAGAUUGGGUAUUCUUUGCGUGAGUGGACGAAAUCUCCUAUUGAGGAGAUUAAGAUGAUGGCUGACCAAAUGGUUUCUAAGUUCAAUAAGUAUUGGUCUGUAAUUCAUGGGAUAAUGGGAAUGACAGCGGUUUUAGAUCCACAAUACAAGUUAAAGUUUGUGGAGUUACUUUUGCCUGUGCUUUAUGGAGAAGAAAAGGCAAAGAUUGAAUUUCAAAAUUUGGAGGCGUUUGUCCAAACUUUGUUUCAAGAGUACGAGUCAAGUGUUUAUGGUGGUUCAGUUCCUGGUUCAUCUUCAUUUGGUUCUAGUAUCUCUUCUGGUCAUCGUGUUGGAUUCAAAAAGCUCUUAUCAGAUAUUGCUUCUAUUACUAGAGAUGAUGAUGAAUCAGGAGGUAUGAAUGAGUUGGAUAACUACUUGAAGGAGAAAUUGUUGCCUAAAGAUAUGGAACUUGAUUUGUUGGCAUGGUGGAAAACAAAUGGGUUAACAACUUGUUCUGAAGAGACUGAGGCAUAUUGUCGUUCUGUUGAAUUUGAUUAUGAUAUGGAAGAGGAAAACACUAAAGAAAGCGGGACAACAAGUUUGGAUGAUUUUGUUUGA